AUGAGCUCCACCAAAGACUACACCUGGCACUUCAACAACCGCCAUGAGUUCGAUCUGCUGUUGUACUACGGCCCGAUAGAUGACAGAGAAGAACUGUUCCUCAAACAGUCAAUCCUCUGCUACCAGUCCAAGCUGUUCGAAAAGGAAUGUGCCAAUACGCCGUCUGUCCCAAGAGGCCACUCUCACGCCCGUGGGGUAGGGCCAACGCUCCACGUCACCAUCGAAGCGUACUAUGAUGCCAGGAUGGUCGAUGGAGUUAUCUAUGCACUGCACAGACCGAUGCAUAAAGCGAAGGAGUGGCUUGGUGGGAUGGGAUGGGCAGCACUUCUCCGAAUCUUCGAAUUUGCUGAAUACCUUGGGCUGCAUGAGUUCGAGCCAGUCGUCCGUGAUCUGCUCUUGCAGCGGGUGGGCGAGAUUCUAGACCCUGCCGAAGUUCGUCGGGCAAUCGAUGUUGUUGGUCCGCUGCAAAGCAGAUAUGUUGCGCAUGGACAGUUUGCUCUUGACUUGGACCAGGUCAUGGCAAGACUGCUUCACCAGCGGGAGCGGACAAGGGAUAGGCAGCGAGAACAGACCGAGGCGACGAGGAGGGAUCUGAGAAGGAUCAUGGGCAUGCUUUGCGAUCCGGAUGCGAGGUACCAGAUUUCGGAGGGGGAGUAUGAGAGGUUUGCGGAAGCUGUGAAGCGCAGUAAUUGGCUUUUGUAG